AACGCACUUUGUAAUUUUGAAAUAUUAAAGACAAUCCCGCUCAAAAUUUUAGCCACAACCUCAAAAAACAUCAGUGACCAACUGACUAGUUACCGUUGAGAAAAUUGAAAUAAUAAAGUUUUUAAAAUAAUGUGCAAGUGAAAUUAAUAAACAGAAAAAAAAAUGGAACCUUUGGGAAAUGUGCCUUACUGUAAGGGACUGUGGUCAGUUAUUUCCAGCACGACAAGUCGUUGUGAAAAAGCACUUGUGGUUGAAGAAAUAAAAAACUCCGCAGAAUUAUUAAAAGAAGGUCUUUUAUUUUUUAAACCCUUCAGUGAAGCCUCGUUGGAGAAAGUUCAAAAGUCAAACCCAGAACCUCGAAUGCUUGAUCUUGUAUCAAAGCUCGCUUCUUUCCUGAAUCUUGACGCUACGAUCGCAUGGGACCUGACUCUUAACUACAUGAUCUACGAGUACAGAAACAGCGGAGAGACAUUUGCGUCCCAGCUUGCUGAUAUAACUUCUAUGAAGAUCUUAAUCGAAGAUAUCUGGACAUUUUAUUAUUCCGAACGCAUCACAUUGAUAAAAUGUUUAAAACUUAUCAUUGAGUACCGAGAUAACAAGAGACAUCCUUAUCAAUCAGAGUUUUCCGAAUUUUUCAAAACGGCACCUCUGGAAUCGUUGUUGCAGUCAUCAUUGAAACAAAUAGAUCGUUUGAAAUUGUCUAAUGUUACAAAUAGAUCCCAUCUUCUUACUGAUGAUCAUCUGCACAAACUUUACAACAGCACCCUGGUGGAGAUGCGGGAAUUACUGCAUAUUAUUACUAUGAUACUGGACACCGUGCAGCCGAAUGACUUCAAUUACAUCUACGAAAGCGUGUGCGGAGAACCACGACGUCUUGCUGGGACAAAGAGCCACGAGGACAAGGAGAAAAUAAUACGGCAGCUUGAAGAAAUUCGCAACUGUCAGAUAUCGUUGUUUGUUGUAGCUCUUGAUGUAACGAAACAAUUCGGCAACAGUACAAAUGGCGAUGAUGUUUGUAAUUGGAUUCAAAGUCUGAGGAAUAAUAUUCAAGAAAUAGUUGAUCCUAAGUGCCGAAGAGACAGUUCUCCAGAAGACGGCCCGCUGUUGUUGGCUUGGAUGCUGGCAAACUUUGCAAUCGAGUCGGAAAAUUCGGAUUUACUGAAUCGCUUCCGACCCUGCGGAGUUCGCGCCGUACAACUGGAUGUCUUUAGGACACUUCAGAGUGUCUUGGACACUGAAGCUGUCAACGAAUCAACGCGUUAUGCUCAAGUAGUACGCACGAGUGUCUAUAAUCUUUUAUCACUGCUGUGUGCGUUCGUCGACGAAGAUAGACUUAGUAAUUUUGAAGGAAUAUUUGAGGUAGUGGCAUCAGUACUGCGUUAUCCGGAGACUGCUACUGAAUUUUGGAACGAUCUUAAAGAGGAAGGAGGUCUAUGGCCGCUGUUCAAUCGCGCGGUUUCACUGUUUCCUUACCGGUUUGAACCGCUGACGCGAAUCGCUACUGGACUUGCUAAUGCCUCGGUAUCGAGCGCUAAAAAAAUAGCCGCUAAAUUAGAAGAACUUGAUUCAGUGACUCUAGAAGAGCCAGUUCAUCGUAAUUUUAGUAACAGUAAUUUAAAUCGACAGCCUUAUCGGCCGUACGAUCGCGAAUGCACUCUCCAUCGCAAUGAAUUUACUAUUCCCGAUAAUUGCGAGCGUAUUGUUCUGGAUAGCGACAAAGAAAUUGUAUUGUGGCGAAUAAAAUCAAGGUACGGUGACGCAUUUCAUCACAAAAUAGAACAACUUUUUUCUUAUGCCGGCAGUGGCAUAAUGAACGUCGUUAAUCUGCAGACAAGUUUACCGGAACACGUGACUCUGGGAUUUACACUUCUGGAGGCUCUGCUAGCAGCCAAUGUAGAUUUACCUCUAGGAAUGGUGAUUCCAACGGAACUGAGUCUUGAAGUGAUCAACAGAUUCUCUCAUUCAGUUUUGCCAAGAAGUUUGUACCGACUUGUAGCGGCAUGCUGCCGAGUCACUUCAAAACUGGCGCUAAAAUAUCCAGAAGAAAUUUUUACAAGGAUGCGCGUAGGAGUUUACCCAAAAUUUAACGACUGGUACCAAGACAUCAAGGAACUGGCUCGUGCCUUUUCCUUCGACGGAGGUCUCGUGGCAUCCUGGCUGUCGGGAAUCGAGACUAUCGAACACCGGUAUCCGAUUCUCAAUGCCUACUUGGAUACUUUGUACAAUUAUUUGGUGUCGAAACACAGUGAUGAAGCGAUGUACAACAUGGAGAUUCCAGGAAUGGUAUUUUUAUUACAAGGAGUUCUGCCGAAAUUAGACUCCUGGUACUUUGCCUCUGACACCGAGCGAAUUGAACUGUGGCUCAAGUCAAUGUCCUGCAUUCAUCACGCGCUCGACGUUAAUUUGCCGAAAAACGAACCGCGAAAGAAACUUCAGUUAGUUGUCGCUUACAGUCUCCUGUACUUGGAACCUCGUCACGCGUUACUGAAACUAGUGAGAACUGGGGAAAGAAAUCUGAGGAACCAAAUGAUGAACGAAUCAGACUGGAUCAGCGGUAAAGGGUUCAAAGUUAUUGAAAGUGUAAGACUAGCUCUGUCAUUAGUAAACCGGCUUUUGAUGUUCAGACAAAGUCUGGGACUCAGCGAUGAUGAACGAUCACCUCUAGAAGUUGCUCUAUACACUUCGCCAUCUUUACCCAAUGGUCUACUAAUCGUACCGACGAUAGUCAACUACCUGUACGUUGAAUUCAGUCCAUCUCUGCAAGCAAUGGCCGUAAGUUUAUUGAAAAAAUUCGCCCAGGGUUUCUCUAUGUCUCUACUGGUCUGCAUGGGCAUGGACGGAACUUCCAUCCGUGUUACCUUCGCCUCCCGAUUAAUGUCACCGACCUGUUCAGCGAAAGUUAAAGUCGCGAUACUAGAACUUGUUGCAGUCUGUCUUGAACGUCAGCCCGGUCUGACAGAAGCUCUAUUCAAUAUCAUGCAUCAAGCAGAACAAAAACGCAUGUUUCCCAAGUCAGCAGAUCAAUUUUUAACCGAAGGCUGCAGUCAUUUCAUUGAACUUUAUUUAGAAAGAAUUUCUAAAGAAAAAGAAAUUGUCUAUGAUAAACUCUACGACAAUACGAUGAAUUUAAUUCGCGCGAUUUGGUAUAAUCGCAACACGAUACUCGUUAAUUAUUUCAGAAAACGUGAAAAAUUUUGGAAUCAAUUAUUUGCUCCAGUGUUCCGGCCUCUUGUAUCUGGUUCUCGUGGGUACGCUUAUCUAAUUGACAUCGCGACACUAGAAUUAUUUGAAUCAGCACCACCGCAGUUUCCUGAAAAUGAUUUUACUAAAAAUCUUGAAAUAUUUCUGUACAAAGACAAUCACUGGGAACGAUUUAUCGAAUAUAUUUUGGCAAGUAGUUCUUCCAAUGCCAUGGAAUGUGACUCGACUAAAACGAACGAAGAUGAUAGUGAUAAUACCAACGAAUCUCCAUUGUACGAAGCAAAUAUCGAAGCUUGGUAUCAUUUCAUAGUAAUUUUAACCGACGCAAAAGUCUCGAGUGAACUGAUGACGCAAAUGGAAUCAUCAAGGGUUCAGUUCAUGACUCGAUAUACCCUGGACUCGUUGUCAGUGAGAAUAAAACGAACUAAAAGUAUCGCCGACGCAAGGAUCACAAUGUUGCUCGCAUCCUUAGCCCUUCGAUGCGUCUUCACCUGGAAACUCAAGUGCGUUGACGAACAGCAGGCAUUUAUAUCUAGAAUAGUACAACUCAUGGAAGAUAUUUUCCAUUCUUACAAUAAUUACGGCGGGGGUUUACGGAGAAUUCUGGUGUCUCUGUUAUUAGGAUGUGUUCAGUUGGUCAAAGACGCUUUAGCAGAAGACAAAGCAAAUAUGGAGUAUCUUUUAAUUCAGUCAUGUCUACUGUCCGAUAUCGAACUGCGGAAACUCAACGACGCUGUGAAAAAGACCCAAGAAGUCCAAGCAGUGAGCGGUAACACCAAGCACGUAGUUGAAGAAGAGAACGACAUAAUUGACGGAAAAGUGUCAUCGGAUUCAACGAAAUCAACUCACAGAUCAACACCAGCGACUUUGACAAUCAGUUUAGUAACUCAGUUGCUACAGUGCAGCAACCCAAAGGAACCACUGAAAUAUGGAAACAGAUCCGUUUGUCUCCACCUUCGUCAGCUGAUCCCAGAACUCAUGAGCUGUCUGAGUACUUGUCUGCACACUCAUCGAUACGUCGGGUUCAGUCGUGCAGGAUUAGAGCUACUGGGAAUGAUCGCUCGGGCAUCGUAUUACAAUCCACCACCGCGAGCUAUUGACAAUCAAGAAUCCAUUGCCAAGCUAUGGCUGGCCCUAAUUCCACCAGCUAGUCUUGGCAACAGUAUGCUUGAAAAUCUCUACGACGACCACACGUGUCAAGGACAGUGGAGGUGUCAAGAGUGGUGGCUGAUCUACACUCUGGGGUUGGAAUUUAUCACGGGAUUGAUAACGAAUAGUAUUGGUGUCGGUGAUCAGUCGCCUUGCUCGCUGUCAUAUGUAACGUCUGUAGUGAUAUUUCUGGGAUCACACGAAAAUCAGUUGACCGAAGUUGCGACACUGCUCAGACACACAGCAGACCCACGUGCUAUUGAUCUUGUUCAAUCAUUGGUCGCACUGAUUUCUGCAUUAACAAUGCAAUUAGCUAUUUGGGAAAUGAUACAACCAAGUGUACGCGAAGGACUUAUGAAUUGUAUGUAUUUAAUUUAUGACAGUACAGUUAAUUUAUUAUUACGUCCGAGAAUACUUAAAUUUAUAAUUGACGGUGUGAGUGUAGAAAGUGCUGAAGAUCUUCAUUGGUGUGAUGAAAAAUUACCGAGUAAUGAACUUAAAUUAGUUGUUAAUAAAUUGAUUGUCAUUAAUUGGUGGUGCGCACAAUCUUUCGUGCGUUUUUCUCCACGACUCAAUGCUUUGGUAGACACUAUUUACACCCAAAACUUUUGGCACACACCACUUGCUGAAAUAAACUUUGGUCCGCCCCAAAUGUCCAUAAAUUCGGGACCAAGUUUGACUUACGGUACAAUAAUAAGUUCAACUCAGCUGUUUACUCAAGCUCUAAAUGUACAUCUUGCUAUUAAUUCAUCCUCGAUAACUGGAACCAGUAUUCAAAGGACACCUUCCAAAGAUGGUAUGGAUUCAGCAAAACGUGAAUGGGAACGUUCGACUCCAGAGCAUCCGCGUAAAAUGCAUCCCAAAGAUUUGAGACGAAUUUUAAAUGUCACGAGACCAGCGUAUGCUUAUUUUGACCACUCGGGAUAUUCAUCCAGCCAUGGAUUACUUGGGAAUCCACGGCUUCUUCGACGACCGUAUGAUCCGCUUAUCUGUGAAAAUACAAUUCUCUCACGGACGACAUCAUUUUCACACCACAGUGGAAGACAUGUGGCGAAAAAUGGGAUCCAAAGUUCUCAGAAUCAAAGCGUCAAUGUUGGACAGUCCAUUCGCGUUGACGCCAAUCCCUGGUUUUAUUCGAUGGAUAAAAAUAAUUCACGACUUGCACUGGAAAUAAAUCUUGUUCUUGUUCUCUGUCAAACACUGGAAGGUGUAAAAAGCCCGAGACUUGCGCUGAGAGAUCGUCAACUUAUUGCCCGUGAAACUGCAAAUGAGAUUGGGAUGUUCUUUGAUUUUCUUGAACAACGAGCAUCUGGAUUAAGCGAUUGGGAUAUUCAGGGUGCUUUAGUUGGUGUUGGUAUGAACGAAGCGUCAGUGAAAAUUAUUAAGCCACCAGUUAAUGGUAAAUUUGUGUUAACGAUAAAUGCAGAACUUAGUGAUGAAAGCACGAUUAAUAAAGCUCCCGUGGGUGCUAUUGAUUACAAUCCUGGUGAGGGUACAUCGCGUGAUGAUACUCCAUCCGCGGGAAUAGAAGUACGUCUUGAUGACUGUAUUAUUUCAACAGGAUGUUACAAUAUCAGUUCAUCUAACAUUAAAUUUCUAUCACUACUUGGUAAACUUUUCAAAUCUACUCUAGAGUCGCUCGAUUCCGCACAAUUUUGAUAAUUAAUUAUGUAUUGAAAAAAAAAAAAAAAAAAA